CGAGAGUAUUAUUAAGUGUAUAUAUCGCUACAAAUAUACAGAUUUAUAUACAACGGACAGAGCGAGAGACAGAGAGAGAGAAAGAAAAAGAGAGAGAGAGACGGUGGAGGAACAGCCGCGUCGGGUGUGCGUGUGCGCUAUAUGCAGUCAAUCGCGUGCUUGCACUCAAUCCGCUCGUUAUAAUACAUGUACACACAACGCACAAGGGACAUAACAUAUAUAUAUAACAAAAGUCCGCCGUUGUAACGUUUCGAACGUCGUCGUCGCCGUAGCGCAGUUUUGAAAAUUCGAACCUCACGGGUCUUCGGAGUUCGAUACCGAUCGCCGUUGGUCGCGUUGUUGCGCGCGUACGGCGCCGCUUUCCCGAGAAUAUCAUCGUCGCACGCACAUAGUUUCGCGGAUUGGCAGCAUGUGUUGUUCGCGGCUGCUGCGCCGCGCUCAUGCCGCUCGCUCAAACUCGCUGUCGUCGUCGUACACAUCCAAAAACGUUAAGUAGUACAUUGGACUCGCGUAUAGAGCAGUGGCCCGCAGAGUUCCGAGACAUGGAGGUAGCCCACAGCUGACACUUGCGCGCGUCAGGAAAGAGAAACGACGGCAGUAGCAGCAGCAGCAGCAGUUCGAGUGAAAGAGAGAAAAAGAUCGCCGUUGUCGUCACAAAAGAAAGAAGAGACCCGUCUCGCGAAGAGUGCGUUAUACAUAUAUCUAUAUAGCUAUAUCUAUACCAUACAUACGUCUCUCCGUGGCGCGGAGCAGUGCCCGUGUGGCCGCAGUGUGUUUAUGUGCUCGUGCUUCUGUGUGCGUUCGUGCAUGUGAGUGCAGUGUGUCUGUGUUUCUAUGUGAGUGUGCGUGUGUGUUCGCGCGUGUGUUUCCAAUGUGCAUUUAAUUCACACACACACGCACGCGUAUAUGUAUAUAGUGCAGUGUCCUCUGUGUCCGCGAGUGAUGUUGCAUUUAUAAAUACUGCCUGCCUGCCUGCCUGCCUGCGUUCGAUAUGUAUAUGGUUUUCAACUGCCGCGCGAUAGCAGAUAGCGAUACGAUACAGGCAAUAUUAUAUAUAUAGGGAGAAAAAAACGUAGCAGCGUACGCAGGCGAACGAAAGCGAGCAAGAGCGAGAGAGUAAUAAAAAAAAAAAAAGAAAACAGAAAACACACGCAGCGCAACGCACGAGUAUCAGCGAGAGAUCGAGCGAGAAGCAGCAGCAGCAGCAGCAGCAGAGAAUCGCCGAUGUUGCUCUUUUCCGAUUUAAUCCGGCCGAUGAUUAUGGAGUGCUGAACCGGCUUCAGAUAUAUAGCUGGCAGUCUAUACUAUACGUAUAUAUAACUGACGGCUUUCGACAACGACGACGACCACGACAUCGACAUCAGCAGAAGUGCAGCAGCGCGAACACGCACACGAGGCACAGAGGAAAAUCUGCACCGCGAGUCGGCGACGCUUGUUAUCGUGUUUUUCUUUGCAUGCAGGUCGUACGCGGCAGCAACAAAAUUGACAGAGCAGCAGCAGCAGCAGCAGCAGCAGCCGGGGCGAGAUGGCAGGGAAGGACGGUAAGCUCGAGCCCCAGGAGAACGACAUCAUACUGCAGGGCUUCAUGGUGAAGCGCUCGCAGAACAAGAAGCGAUUCACGCCGGUCAAUUACAAGCAGCGCUGGUUCGUGCUCACCCGUCAGCAUCUCGUCUACUACGAUGGCUGCAGCAACGAGAAAAUGUUUUUCUGUCUGCAAAUUGAGCGCCGCAAGGAGCGCGGCAGGAUCGCCGUCGAGAGCGUACAUCUCGUGGAGACUGCUACGCUGUGCGGCAGUGGUACCGAGGUGGCCAGCGAUUCGAGCGGCGGAGGUGGUGGCGGCAGCGGCGGUGUACCGCCAGGACUGCCGUUUCAAGUUGGCUACAGAGAGGCCGGUCAGGAGUACACCCUGUAUCUCGUUGCACCGAGAGAGCAGGACAGAGCUGAGUGGAUUCGUGCCAUAAGAGCUGUUUGCAGCGAGAAUCCGGGCCUGAGCGGUCGCUUCCACACGGGCUUCUGGAGCGGCAAGCGUUGGUCCUGCUGUCGUAUGUCGACGCGCUCGGCCGAAGGCUGCGACACCUGCAGCCCCUGGUCGAACAUCUCGUCCACGUCGACGAGCAAGUCGAGCGUGGCCGCGCUCACCCCGAGCCAGCUCACGGCCAGUAAUUCCGACCGUCUGCUGCUGCAGCACCAGUCGUCGAGCUCGCUCGUGGGUGCCAGCCAGCUCGCCGCCGGUGGUAUCAUAGUUACGGCGACGAGCAACGGUGCUGCUGCAGCUGCAGCUGCGGCGGCGGCGGCCAUCAGCAACAGCGCCACCACCAAUUCGACCACCUGCAGCUCCGAAACCAAUAACAAUCCCACCUCGGUGCAAUCGCAGACACGCUCCAAUAACGGUGAGUUGAAGCGAUCGUCUUGUAGUUUGAAAAAAACCCGAACACCGACACCAUCGACUCCAGUGAUGCCGGGUGGAACGCCUGGGACGCCCUCGUCCAAGGCCAAAGAUAAACUGAUGAUUCGAAGUAAAGUGGUAGUGGCUCUAUACCCUUUUCGAGCUAUUGAAGGUGGCGAUUUAUCUCUUGAAAAGGGUGCGGAAUACGAGGUGCUGGAUGAUUCGCAGGAGCACUGGUGGAAAGUCAAAGACGAGCACGGUUCCAUCGGUUACAUACCCAGCAAUUAUGUCAAAGAAAAAGAACUCUUGGGUCUCCAAAAAUAUGAGUGGUACGUCGGUGACAUGUCGAGGCAACGCGCCGAGUCGCUUCUCAAACAGGAAGACAAGGAGGGCUGCUUCGUGGUUCGCAAUUCGUCGACGAAAGGCUUGUACACGCUAUCGCUCUACACGAAAGUGCCACAUCCGCACGUGAAGCAUUAUCACAUAAAGCAGAACCAGCGAGGCGAGUUUUAUCUGUCGGAAAAGCACUGCUGCGGCUCCAUCCCGGAUCUCGUUAAUUAUCACAGACACAACAGCGGCGGACUGGCCAGUCGACUCAAAGCUAGCCCCUGCGACCGGCCCGUACCACCCACUGCUGGACUCAGUCAUGACAAAUGGGAAAUCGACCCGGCCGAGCUGCAUCUGCUCGAGGAGCUGGGCUCUGGACAAUUCGGCGUCGUGCGUCGUGGCAAAUGGCGCGGAUCCAUCGACGUAGCCGUGAAAAUGAUGAAGGAGGGCACCAUGUCCGAGGACGACUUCAUCGAGGAGGCCAAAGUGAUGACGAAAUUGCAACACCAAAACCUAGUCCAGCUGUACGGCGUCUGUAGCAAGGACAGGCCCAUCUACAUUGUAACGGAAUACAUGCGUCACGGAUCUCUGCUCAAUUAUCUGCGCCGUCACGAAAAUACACUCGGAGCCAAUGUUGGAUUGCUCUUGGACAUGUGCAUACAGGUAUGCAAGGGAAUGGCUUACUUGGAAAGACAUAAUUACAUCCACAGAGAUUUAGCCGCUCGUAAUUGUCUCGUGGGCUCGGAGAACGUCGUCAAAGUCGCUGAUUUUGGUUUAGCAAGGUAUGUAUUGGACGAUCAAUACACGAGCAGUGGCGGCACAAAGUUUCCGAUAAAGUGGGCUCCACCAGAAGUCCUAAAUUACACUCGAUUCAGCUCGAAAUCCGACGUCUGGGCUUACGGCGUCCUUAUGUGGGAAGUUUUCACAUGCGGUAAGAUGCCCUACGGUCGACUAAAGAAUACAGAAGUCGUCGAGCGCGUUCAACGUGGAAUUAUCCUAGAAAGACCGAAAGCCUGCUUCAAAGAAGUUUACGAGGUAAUGCGAAAGUGCUGGGCACACUGCCCCGAGGUUCGACCAUCUUUCCGCGUGCUAAAGGAGCAGCUGGUGAACGUGUCGCAGGGUCUGCUCAAUGAUUGACUUAGUCUGCUGCGGUGCUUACGCAUCUCUUCGCCGAGCAGCAGCACCGGCAGCGGCAGCAGAAGCAGCAGACAACAGCGAGGCCUCCAUCAUCAGCAGCAGCAGCUCACCCCAUUGUCUCCUUUGUCGUCGUCGAUCAAGGGUUCGCGCUCGCCGAACCUCUUCGAGCGCUCGUCCUACAACUCGGCCACGCUGCCGCAUCGGUUGCGCAGCAACGCCUCGCUACCGAGCGCCGCCGAUCUGCUUCAACUGUCCGCCACGCUGUGCCGCUCGAGCAAGAAGCUGCGUCGUUCGCGCCGCGAUCAACACAAUCAGCACUCGGACGACUCGGGCAUCGGCAAAGGCGGUGGCUCGAAGCGCGAGAGCGGCGCGUCCAGCGCCAGUCCCACGGCUCGGCUCAAUGACGUCGACGACGACGACGACGAUGACGAUGACGACGUUGACCAAGUGAAAGAUCGGCGCCAGCUGCUCGAGACUCCGGCUUCCAGUGUCUGCGACAUCUGUAGUUCCUACGGCCAUCCGUGGAUCGACAUUUGCAAGGCCAUACGCGCUACCAAGGCCUGCAAGUGAUCGUCUGCCGUACUUUCGUCUUGCACCUAGCGACUGCUCGGUGCGCGUUCUCGAUACGAUGAUGACGACAUCACUACGGCGGUGACGACGGAAUUUCCAUUGCACCCUGCGUCGUCCGUGCUCUACGAUAUCUCGUCGAUUAAUUUUUACUUUAUACAUACUCGAUAUAAAUAUGCAAUUUGUACUGAAAAAGGUGCGUGAUAACCGUCUUUUUUCGUACUUAUACGAGCAAGGGCGAGAUUUUUGUCAUUUUUUAUUUUUCACUAUUAAGAGCAAUUUUGAAGAACAAUAACAUUCGACUUCUUUUGUACUACGAUUAAUACGAAGAGACGAAUUAAUAUAAUGUUACGACGUGAAUGAGCUAUGUGUGACAUAUAUGCACAAAGUGUCGAUCAGUUUUCGCAAUCUCUUUAAAGAUUUAAGAAUUUGACAAAUGCAAUUUUUCACAUUAAUUCGAAAACUUUUUACAAAAAAAAAUUGUGAAUAAAUGCGAGAAAGUAAAAAUAAAAUAAUACAACUCCAAUUUCAUUAACACGCAUGGGUAACUAGGAUUCUUUGACCAUGCAAAAGUACGCGUAUUACUUUAAUAAAGGUUGGCUAUCUCGGCGAGAAUAAAGAAAAGCUUCCUCUGUGUAUUUAAUAACUAUUUUUUCUGUAAUUUUUUUUAAGCGUUAAACUAAAUCAUACACUCAAAGCCUUUCUUUUAGUACUGGAACAUAUGAAUGUUUUCAUUAAUGUAAAACAUUGUGUUGUUCUUUAUGCGAACAUGUUUAGAAUAAAACGGUCGUUGUCUUUUAAACUGCAUUUUUUAUUGAUACAUUUGUUCGAAAUCAGUUUAAGUGGAACUGAAAGUAGCUGAGAAAUUGGUUGGGAGACAUUGUUUAUUGCGGUUUGAUAAGGAUGCCACCGAAGUCAUUGUUGAAUUUCAAUUUCAUCAAAGACUAGUGAUUAUUUAAUACGCCAGUAUGGUGAAAAGUGAUAAUACUAAUAUAGUUUGAUAAAAUAGUUUGAUAUGCAAGUAAUAGAUUUUCGUUUGAAACACAAUUAUUACUUACAAAUAUUAAGGGAUGUGCAUUGACUGACAAACACAUAAAAUACAUAAUGUGAUUUUAUUUUUACAUUUCCAUUGUGUGUGAAUCAGUAGUAAGAGAGAUGUUAUUAAUUUUUUUUUAAAUAUACGAAAAUAACGUUUAUGCAAUGAAUCAUAAGAUGCAAAAAAAUUUUUUUGAAACAACGAAUACUUUCCACUUUUGAAAAUUAAUAAUUAUGUGUUAGAACACUAAUUGUCAGUAUAUCAGCAAAGACGAGUCAUCAAUUCGUCUUAAUUGUCACCUCUAACAAAUAAGAUAAAAUGAUCAAACAAUAAUAUAAAUACAAGAAAACAUGUGUAAAUAUUAACCACAUAAGUUAAUAAUAAGUUUUAUGAUAUAAACCUCUGUUGAACAGUAAUUGUAUGAGUGAUUUAUUAUGAUAUAAAAAUGUAUUAAUUAGAUCAUUGACACUUUGUUAGAACAAAGAGAGACGAAUCUCUUUAAAAUUCACUAUCAUCUAAUGUAUGUUGAUAUGGAUGGGUUGAAAUUCGAAAUUUCUUGGUUGAUAGAAUAUGAGCUUGUUCAAAUGAGUGAGUGCAGUUUGAAUGAAAUCAUGAAAUUUCGAAACUUAACUAAUGCUGCGAAUAACCACUCAAAACCUUUGAUGAAUAUUUUGACAGACGAAAUGGUUAAAUUUAAUACAUUUAUUGAAUUUAUUUUUAUUGAGAAUCAUUAUAGAAUGAGGCAUUGAUGAAUAUAUUAGAGAAAACCAUAUCGAACAGUUUCAUCUUUAAAUUAUAGGAUAUAAAACAUUUGUUAAUCGAAGUAAUGAAAUGCUCUGAUAGAUUGAUUAAUAAACCAUUUCUGUCUAACUUUCUUAAAAAGCACUUUUUGUUACAUAAUACCGCUUUUAUAGUUAGUCUAGUAAUAAAAUGUUAUUUUACUGAAUGUAGUCUGUUUAUGUAUUGUUUUAUGUAAUUGUUUUAACUUUUCAGUUUCCUAUAAUCCAUAAAUGUCAUUUUAGUAUGUGUCUCUUGAAAUAAUAAAAAUUUCUUGAUUUAUAUGACAAA